UGUUGCACGACAGCACUUAUAAACCACUCUGGUGCAGUUUGCUCACAAGAAGGAACCGGCUGUACAUCUCCCGAGUCUAUUAUAUCUGCCCAGUUGCUUAACCGACACACCUUUCCUAAAAACUUCAUUUAAAACCCAUUCACAUGCCAAUCCUCGGCAUCGGUAUCGAUAUUUUGCACCUUCCUCGUCUCAUCAGUCUGUUGGGUCGAAGGAGAUCCGAAGCAUUUGCCACGAGAAUUUUAAGCUCCCAGGAAUUACGAACAUUCCAGUUGCUCGCAGAACAGCAUGGAGAAGAUGAUAUCAAAAGGAUUGCACAGUUUUUGGGUGUGCGAUGGGCGGUGAAAGAAGCUGCGUACAAAGCGUUGUAUCCCAUCCGCCCUACCUGGAAGGAGGUGACAUACUUGUCAUUCAAUGGAACCACUGGCGUAAAACCAACACUUGUUUACCGUCCCGUACGCAAUGAUGUCGGACCAGCGAAUAAAUUGCAUGUUUCAGUGAGCCACGACGGAGAUUAUGUCUACGCACAGGUUAUUGCAGAGUCGACGUGAUUUGACGUC